GCAAAAGAAGUAGUGGGGAUAAGAUUUUGUUUAUCAAUUUCAUUAUAUGUUUAUUUAUUAUUAUUUAUUACUUUAACUUACACAUUGUGGUUUUUUAACAAUAAAGAUUUUUUAAAUAUAAAAAUGACAUUAAAUGACGACGCGUGGGAAGAUCUUUCUCAAAUUUUAGCUGAUCCUCCAAAAAUACGUGAAAGUUGUAUGAACUGCAGCAGACCGGUUAAGGUUUGUUGGUGUCCAGGCUUACCGAAAUCUCGAUUAUGUCCACAAUCAAGAUUAAUUAUUUUACAACAUCCAGCAGAAAAUAAAAGAUGCCUGCGAACUGCUCCAAUGCUCAGUCUGUCAUUAGAACAAAACAAAUGUAAUAUAUUUAGAGGAAAAAAAUUUCCAUCAAUUAAACAUGAAGGUUUAGCUGAUAUAUUGAAUAGUUCAAAUACGAUACUUUUGUAUCCUUCAAAAAAUGCGAUUGAUAUAUCGCAACUUCCCAAAGUAGGUGUUGAUGGACAAAAACCUUAUAAUAUAGUUUUGCUGGAUGGAACUUGGUCACAAGCUAAGGCAAUUUACCAUUCUAGUAUAUUGUUGUCUACAAUAAAAACGUGUAAAAUAGUCCAAAAUGCUGCAAGUGAUUAUGUUAUUCGAACACAACCAACUGAAGGAUGUUUGUCGACUCUUGAAAGUGGUGCACUUUCAUUGUCUAUUUUAGAAAAUGAAGCAUCAUAUAAAGAUACCAUGCUUCGUCCUUUGCAUUAUCUUUGCAAAUAUCAACUUGAGAAUGGAGCUGUCACCCAUCAAAGUAAAGAAUUUCUAAUCAAACACAACUUAUAUCCAAGGCUAAUUGGAAAGCAGUUGGCUAGACAACUGAGGAAUGUAUAAAUAUAAUUGGAUAAUUACCUACUUAUCAGAUAUUAUAAUAUAUUAUUUGGAUAAAUACUUAAAUUACGAAAUAUAAAAAAAUUUGAAGUUUCCUUUUUAUUAUAAA